AUGAAGUUCUCCGCCAUUCAACUCGCAGCGCUGGCGCUCGCCCUUGGAGUCACCGCAACGCCCACUCCGGCUCGCCGCGAACAGGCCAAGAGUUCCCUUGCCCGUCGCGAGGAGUCUUUGGCUGCCACCGAGUGCGAGGACACUCCCCCGGUGAGCUACAAGCUCCGAGCACGACAGUACCCCGCCGAUACUCCGGACACUCCGGACACUCCCGAUACUCCUGACACUCCUGACACUCCUGACACUCCUGACACUCCCGACACUCCUGACAGCAAGGAGGACGAUGACAAGAAGGAGGAUUCCGAUGACAAGAAGGAGGAUUCCGAUGACAAGAAGAAGAGCCAGAAGCAGCCCAAGACGACCAAUGAGAAGCAGCCCAAGAAGGAGUCUGGCUCUGGGGGCUCUGGGGAGAAGUCCGAGAAGAAGCCUGCCACCCCUCCUGCCGGCUACCCUACUAACCCUCCCAGCGGAGAGGAUGCCGACAAGCCUGCGCCUACGACGCCUCCCACUGGAGAGGAUGGCGACAAGCCUGAGCCUACGACGCCUCCUACUGGAGAGGAUGGCGACAAGCCUGAGCCUACGACCCCUCCUACCGGAGAGGAUGGCGACAAGCCUGAGCCUACGACCCCUCCUACCGGAGGAGAGGGAGACACUCCCGCCCCGUCCAACCCUCCCCCCCCACCUUCCGGUGGCGGUGCCACUACCGUCCUCGACGCGCCGCAGGUCAUCGCCGCUGGCGACGCCUUCGAUGGCCAAGGCGGCACCUUCGACCGUGGUGUUCCCUGCUCUGGCCAAUCCGAGGGUGGUGAGAAGGACCCCGUCUUCAUCCUCGAGAAGGGCGCCACCCUGUCCAACGUGGUCAUCGGGCCCGACCAGCUGGAGGGUGUCUACUGCAUGGGCGCCUGCACCCUGACCAACGUCGUCUGGACCAAAGUCUGCGAGGAUGCCUUCACCGUCCGCGAACAGGAAGCCGGCGAGGUGACCACCAUCAUCGGCGGGUCGGCCUCGGGCGCCGAGGACAAGGUCUUCCAAUUCAACGGUGCCGGCACGCUCUCCGUCUCCGAUUUCACGGUCGACGGCGCCCAGACGCUGGUCCGCGCGUGCGGUAACUGCGCGGCGAGCCACGAGCGCCACAUCAUCCUGGACAACAUCAAUGCCUCCGGUGUCACCACCCUGGCCGGUAUCAACGUCAACUUCGGAGACACUGCCAAAAUCACCAACACGGACGUGUCCGGCGUCGAGACCCCCUGCCUGACCUACGAGGGUGUCGCCAAGGGCAGCGAGCCCAAGAAGCUCGGACCCGAGACCACCGGCGCCUGCUCCGUCUCAUAA